AUGGCACAUUCUGCCCGCUUCAGCGACUCCCCUGCAUUAGUAGUACCGGCUCAAAAUGUCAAGGCCGUCAAGACGUUUCUUGAGGAGCAUCGGCUCCUGGAUAAGAGAAGGAAAAUUGCACCGUAUACUGCAGAAAGUACCCGUGCUGGGUCUUCCGCAAGAGACCAGACGCUCGACUCGGGGAAACUGUUUAUCGUACCAUUUCUACCCGUCACAACAUCCAUCAACGAAACAGACGCCGCCAUCGUUGAGACAUACUUCGGAGACCUCACCCCGGCCCUCACAUCCCGCCUCCCUCCUGACGCGCUCACGAACAUCUCCAUAACCAACCUCCCAAAAACACCCGUCCCAGAAACCGCUUCACCGCCGACCACCGGCCAACCGCACGGCAACCCCCUCCGAGCCGCCUUCCACUCCGCCCUAGUGUCCAGCCUCCCCGCCGAAACCCUGUCAACGCUCUCCCUCACGCCCGCGCAACUCGCCGCCGACCUCCCGGGCACCUACUCCAUCUACCCGCCGCUCCUCCUCCUCCCCGCGCACACCUUCCACCGGCCGUCCUGGACCGCGCUCCUCGCCGCCCAUGACCCGCCAUCGUCGACCACGCCGCUCCUCCGCACCGUCCUCGCGCACGUCGCGCAGCGCCUCGCCGUCACGCACGUGGCACUCAACGCGCCAAUCGCCCUGCACAACGACGCCACAGCCACCACGGCGGCGGCCGCCGACCAGCCCUCCAACCAAGCAGCAGCCGCAGCCGCAGCCCCAGCAGCCCCAGCCGCAGCCGCAGCCGCAACCACCGCCAACAUCCUCCGCGCCCCCCACUCCCUCACCCCCCUCCACGGCGACUUCGGCCCUCCCCCUUGUCAUCCCCCCACCGCCUCCCCCUCCCCCGCCGACUUCACCGCCGCCCUCUGGGCCACCGCCCGCCAAAACGGCAUCACCCAGACGUGGGCGCCGCUGCACACCAUGUUCAGCCGGGGCAACGUCAAAGAGAAGGCGCGGAUCCUGUCGCUGGGGGCGGUGCGGGACGCGGUGCGUCAGGGCGAGGGCGGAGCCGGAGCCGGAGCCGGAGGCGAGGAUAUUGCAGGCGCGGGCGCGGGAACCGCCACCGGGUGCGCCGCCGUCGACUUGUACGCCGGGAUCGGGUACUUUGCGUUUUCGUACCGCAAGGCGGGGGUGCGGACGGUGCUGGGGUGGGAGAUCAAUGCGUGGAGCGUGGAGGGGUUGAGGAGGGGGGCGGGGGCGAAUGGGUGGGGGGUUGAGGUUGUUGUUGUGGGCGGUGGGGAGGGGGGUGGGGAUGGGGACGGUGAUGGGGACGGUGAUGAUUGGGAGGGGUUGGGGGAGGACGCGGUGGUGAGGGAUUUCGUCGUGUUUCGCGAGAGUAACGUGCGGGCGGCGAGGAGGGUGGAGAGGCUGAGGGGGAGGCUGCCGCCGGUGAGGCAUGUCAAUGCGGGGUUGUUGCCGACGUCUAGGGGGGCGUGGGAGACGGCGGUGAGGGUGUUGGAUCCGGGAUUGGGCGGGUGGGUGCAUUUGCAUGAGAAUUUUGGGGAGGGAGAGGUUGGGCGAAAGGCGGGGGAGGUGGUUGAGGAGGUGAGGAGGAUCUGGGGGGUGGUGAGGGCUGAGAGGUGUGGUGGAGGGAUCGGGGACGGGUUGGAAGGGGAUGAUGUGGUCAAGCUUGAACAUGUAGAAAGGGUCAAGACGUAUGCGCCGGGUGUGUUGCAUUGCGUCCUGGACAUUUGGAUAUCACCGACAGGUAACCAGGCAAGGUCAUGA